AAUGAAUUCUAAAUAUUUUUCACCAAAGGCAAACUAACAAUUUUUUGAAAGCCUUCUCAAAUCACCAAGAGAAGUUAAACUUUAUAGAAUUAGAUUUGAUACUAUUUUUAACGAAUAUGUACAUCGAAAAGUUGAACAUUUACAAUUAGAACCAAUUUUAUAAACGAGUAUAACAGAACCAUUAAAAGAAAAGGUUGAAAAGAGAAAACGAAUCUAUUAAAAGAGGCAUACUUCAACUUAAUUAAGUCCACUUUCAAACUUUCAUAUUCAACCAAGUCCAUAAGUUAAAAAUAUGUAAAGAUAUAUUUCCAGAGGCAGACGUACCAGGUUUGAUGUAUCAUUAAAUUAAUCAAAUAUUUGAAUUAUUUUUAAUCAAAUUAAUUAACUUUAUGAUUAUAAAAGAAAAGAAUUCCAAGUAAGAAAGCAAAAAGAAUAAAAAUAAAAAAAAGGAAGCAAAAGGAAUUACACACAAAAUAGAAUUAGAAGGAAUUUGAUUUAGACAAUGAUUUUUUAGUAGAAUAAAUAUAAUAAAAUUAAGAAGUUUAGCAAGUGUAAUAAAUUCAAUAAUAAUAACAAAAACUUAGAGGAUCACAAAGAAUAUUUGUGUCAGAUUAGAGAAACUAGAGGGUGUAUUGAUAAAUAUUUUUUAAAGACAAAUUCAAGAUUUAUUGAUAAUUUUGGGAUUAGAAAAUUAGGAAAUUGGAGAGAGAAGAAGUGGAAGCAAACUUAACCACCUAAAGUUUCAAUUUACAAAUAGUUUCAUAAUGGUAUGAUUACAAAAUAUUGAG